AUGUCAUCCGUUAAACCGACCUAUCUCGGCGUUUCUGAGCCCAUAUCAAUUGCUCCACCAUCCGCAAAUGAUGAGAAAUUAAACGAGAAACUCGAAGCCACGUUAAAAGAUCACAACAUGUACGAGACGAAAGAAAAAACAUGCUUGAGAAAAAAAGUUUUGGAGAUUCUUGAAGCAUUAACAAAACGAAUGGUAGAAAAUGUCUACAGAAAAAAAGGCCGUUCUGAAUCAGAGAUAAUGAUUGCUGGAGGAACUAUAAGAACCUUUGGAAGUUACAAGCUGGGAGUUCAUGCAGCAGAUGCCGACAUUGAUACAGUCUGUAUCAUCCCUUGUUAUGUAACAACGACCGACUUCUUUGACGAAUGGUGCUCGAUACUUCAAGCACAGGCUGGAGUGAAAGAUGUAUCGGCUGUUAAAGACUCGUAUGUUCCAGUCGACCUUGUGUGUGCCCGAAUAAGCGAUCCAUUUGUACCCGUCGACAUAGAUGUCAACAGCACUGAUUUACUCAAGAAACUAAGCGAAAAAAGUCUUCGGAGCAUUAACGGUACUCGAGUUGCCGACGAAAUUCUGGCGCUUGUUCCAGACGUUACAGCUUUCCGUACUGCAUUGAGGUGCAUCAAACUCUGGGCUACGAGAAGAGCUAUUUAUUCAAACUCACUUGGGUUUUUUGGAGGUGUUGCAUGGGCUCUCUUGGUAGCCCGAAUUUGUCAACUCUAUCCAAAUGCAUGUGCAAGUACGAUAGUAAGCAAAUUUUUUAUGGUCGUAGCACAAUGGGCUUGGCCAUCACCCGUUGUUUUGAAAGCAAUUCAGGGAGGUCAUGGAUUCUCUACUCUAAAACCCUGGAAUCCAAAAUUAAGUCACCAUGACAGAUCUCAUCUGAUGCCGAUUAUCACCCCAGCGUAUCCAAAUAUGUGUGCAACGCAUAAUGUUUCUCAGUCGACUAAAACGAUUAUAUUGGGCGAGUUGAAGAGGGCCGCAACGAUUGUCGAUCGAAUCAUGAUAGGUUCUUCAUCAUGGAAUGUACUCUUUACUGAACAUAAUUUCUUUGGUACAUAUGAUCACUAUAUACAAGUUGUGGCCAGCAGUGAUACAUACGAAUGUCAAUUAAAAUGGGGUGGUCUUGUUGAAGCUCGUUUACGACAUCUAUUGUUGAAUUUGGACUCUACAGAUGGUGUGGCACUCGCUCACCCAUAUGUUCACGGGUUUGACAAAGCUCAUCUGUGUCAAUCUACAGAAGAAUUAUCUGCUGUCAUUAAUGGUAUUGACACAAAUGGAUACCCUAUCACUUCAGAAAAUAGCGACGAUUGGAAGAACAAGACAGGAGUUUAUUUUACACGAACAUUCUAUGUUGGACUUUAUAUAAAGCUGAAUCCAGCGUGGACGUCAAAGAAAGUGGAUAUUACCCAUGCAAUCGAGGAUUUCAAGGCAAAACUUACAGAGUCCAAUAGUUAUGAACCUGCUAGAAUGUCAAUAUCUUUCCAGCAGUUGAAAAGAUCGAUGUUACCUCGGGAAUUUAUCAAAAAAGAUAGUACCAAGCGAUCCCCUCAGUCCAAUGAUUUAGCAACACAGGCAACGCCCGGAAAGAAGAUGAAGAUAUUUGGAGAUUCAACAACAGAUCAAUCAGAAGAGAACAACACUUCGAAUGACUUGUCUAAUACUUGUCAUUCUCUUGGUGCGACAGACUAUUCGCCAUCACCACCUUCUGUUUCAACAACCAUGGAUACCAACUUUAUUUAG